UGAUUGCGCUCCUCUCUUUUUUCAGCUGGAGUUGUUUUUUUGCACUGAGCUCCUUUUUUUUUUUCUUUUCUUUUUUAAAUCCCCUCUCUACAUGUUUUGUGUGUUUGUUUUGGCUUGGCCGUCUCUCAACCAUGCUUGCAUGACCGAUCUUUUUUUUUUUUGAAACAAUUUUCGCUGUUUGUUAGUUAUCUAGUUUGAUGUGCAACUUUGCCAUGACGCUUGUCACGAUCCAAUCCGAUCUAUGAAAAGUUUGUGGGUAUUUUUAUGAUCGUUUUAGAAUUAAAGCACAGCGGAGCGUCUUAACUCAGGCCGACUUGUGGUUGUUUGACUCGGUCGACAUGCUGUCACUUGAGAACCAGCUCCGGAGGCUCGGCGCUCUCCCGGCUGAAGAUGAGGAGGAGGAGGAUGAUGAUGAAGGCGCUGUGUUGGACCUGGCGCUCACGGCCGUGCACACGCUCCUGUACUCUCUACUCUUCUUCUUCAUCUACUCGCAGCUCUGGCUCAUCCUGCACUACGGCCACAAGCGCCUCAGCUACCGGAGUGUGUUCCUCUUCCUGUGUCUGCUCUGGUCGGCCCUCAGGACCACUCUCUUCUCCUUCUACUUCAACAACAUGGCCCAGGCGAGCCAGCUGCAGCCGCUGCCCUUCUGGCUCUUCUACUGUUUCCCCGUGUGCCUGCAGUUCUGCACCCUCUGCCUCCUCAACCUCUACUUCGCACAGAUCCUGUGUAAAGCCAAAGCGAAAUAUUCCCCGGAACUCAACAAAUACAAGAUGCCCCUGAGGUUGGCCUUCUUGUUCAUCAGCGUCUUCUUCUUGGCGGUGAACAUUACGUGCUCUCUAAUGGUGCUGACCCAGAAGAACAUGGAAGCUAGCAAUGCAAAACACAUAAUUCUGGCUCGUGUGCUAAUCAACGACAGCCUCUUCGUGUUGUGCGCCAUCUCACUCGCCACCUGCAUCUGCAAACUUGCCAAGAUGUCCUCCGCAAACGUCUAUCUGGAGUCGAAGGGGACAUCAGUGCGUCAGGCCACGGCCACCGGAGCAGCAGUUGUCCUGCUGUACACAUCGAGGGUGUGUUAUAAUCUCGCCAUAGUGGCCGUAUCUCCAAAAGACCGGGCCACUCCGUUCAACUACGGCUGGUACAGCUUCUCCGACCAGGAUGAUGUAGAGAAGAUCAGCGGGAAGGCCUACAUGGUGUUUGGGAUUGUCCUGUUUUUCUGGGAGUUUGUCCCCACCACCCUCCUCGUGGUGUUUUUCAGAGUUCAGCGGCCCAAUCAGAACCUGGCACCGGGCGGCAUGAUCCACAGCCACAGUUUCAACUCCAGGGCGUAUUUCUUUGACAAUCCGAGGCGCUACGAUAGUGACGAUGACCUGUCCAGAAGCCUCAGCUCCAGGAGUGAAAGGGGAAGUAGUACGAUGUCUUCGUCGUCUCAGCUAGGUGCAAGUUGGUACGGUUCCCUCCAGAAGACGGGCAGCUUCACGUUCACGGCACCCCAGACCUCCACCGCUCCACUUCUCCUCUCCUAUGGGAGCAUCCAGACCAGCCAGCACCACAACUACUACUCCACGCCGCAGGACUACUACUCCACCCCUCAGAACUGAGCGACCAUCCUGGAGUUUCAGUUUCAGUCAGGCACAGACAAGACCGCUCUUUGGACCUUAACGGGACAGUUGCUGGAGAUCUGUACGGUAAACCUCCCAGUAUUUUCAAAUAUUCAGCACUUCAAAAAGGGACCAGAGAGAAAUAAUAAAUAAGAAGGUCAGAUGGUGCUGCUUCUGCUCACAGUUCUCCCAAUUCCGCAUUCCCCAAGGAUUCGACUAAUACGUGGACCAAUCAUGAUUCCUGUAAAGAGACUCCCCUUUGAUCUGCACAAUUCCUCCGAUCUCCACGGGUUCAGCACGGUGAUUUCCUAAAAUUCCUCUGCACACUGCUUGAUCUGUGAAGACACCUUAAUACCUUUCGGGGCCUGCUCAUGGUACUGAAAACCUCAGUGCACACAGAGACCCAAGUGUGAAAGUGUCCUCCUGGAUGGCGUGAAGGAAGGAGUCAACUAUGGCCAAUUAGCAAAGACUGUAAAGAUGCUUGCUUAGUGCCAAAACAGGUGUGAGGGGGGAAAAACCCUAAUGAAGAUUCAGAUGGGUUGAGUGUUCUUGGAAAGGUCUAUUUUUAUGAAGAGUGAAUGAGUGUAUAAAUGUAUAUGUGACACAGAAUUAAUGGUACUAACAUCUCACUACUAAGCGUAUUCUUCAACGUGGGUGCCGUUCUACAUUUUCUUUAGGGAUGCACCGAUCCGAUACGGAGUAUCGCUGAUGGACCGAUGUUGGCAUCGUUUUUGGUAACAUUUUACUUUACAUAUCUGAAUCGUCUUGCGUAGGGCUACGUUACACCGUCAGAAGCCCUUUGUGACCGAUUCCUAAAAAAAAAAACGUUUCCUAAAAACCGCGUUCGACGAUUUGACGUAACAUCAUCUCAGAUUCUGAAGUCAUAUAAUGGUGAUAACGUAUCAUAGCAAGUGAGGCUAAUCGACAUCAUAAUACAGCCUUAUAUCAACAAGUUAUCUACACGUACCAGCCACUUUAAUAGGAACACACGUACCCCUGCGCAAUUAUGCAAUUAUUCAGUCAUGUAGCAGAAGCGCAAUUGUUGCAACGGUCAGUUUUGGCGAGCCCGUACCCGCUGUAGCUUCGAAUUGUCGCUCUGGGCUGACAGGAGUGGAACCCGACCUGGUCUUCUGCCGUUGUAGCCCAUCUGGUUCGACGUGUUGUGAUUCGGAGAUGCUUUUCUGUUCGCCGUGGUUGUAAAGAGUGGUUCCUUGAGUUACCGUAGCCUUCCUGUCAGCGUGCACCAGUUUGUCCGUUCUCUUCUGACCUUUCUCAUUGACAAGGCAUUUCUGCCCCAGAAUUGCCGCUCACCGGAUUAAUUUUUCUUUUUAAAUAGUUUGUACACACUCAUAUAUGCAUUGCGUUUCUGCUGCUUCUUGAUUGGCUGAUAAUUGCUGGACAGUUGCCAUGAAUCAGCAGCUGUAACGGUGUUCCUAUCAAAGCAACAGCGUGUGUGCCAUUUGACUUAAAUCGACAGGCUGACGCCUGUCGGAAUUUGCCUAUGUAAAUGUUUCCGUAGGUUUUAUGUCGAUUUGCACGACAGGCUUAUGUGUUAUGUGAUGGGAAUGUUGAUGAGGGCAUGAAUUGUCUUAAAGCGCAUCGUGAACUGAAACACUGAAAUACAAUCUUCUCGACAAUAGCAACAGCUUUUUUUUUUCUUUUUAUGUGAAAAACGUCACUAUCUGGUGUCAGCUGAUAAUCUGGUGUCAGUGUUGUAUAAACAUGUAUUGGUCUAUCCCUAAAUUUUUUUUUUGUUGUUGCAUAAAAUUGUGUACAUAAACGCCAUUUAAAAAAAAUAAAUAAAUCAAAAAAAUGAUGAUCACAAGCUUCUCGGUGACCUGAGCCCAAACGAUUAGCGCACAUGUUUAGAAACUGAGAGUUCUUUCACUGACGGUUAACGUGAUUGACCCAACAGCUUUCACCUCAAAGUACAGAGGAAAGGCUAUAUUUGAUCAGCAACUUUGCUUCUUUAUUUUUUGCAGUGAAGCUACAGAGCUAAUGUAGAUAACACGUACUCGAAGUCUUUCACGUGAAAUCUUUUCUCAUCAAUUUGACUAGCACUCUGGUAUAGCUCCACCAUUCAGCUUUGGGAGGCAGGGCCUAGGGGUGGUUUUUAAAAUUUGCACAACUGCUAAUUAGCAUAAUUUGUAAACCACAGUACUAGAUCAGGCUUGCCUGCUGUUUAGCAUGAAAUUACACUUGACCUGCACUGAGGAAAAACCAUUUACGCUUUUCAAAAUGGCCGCCGGAAUUUCAAAAUUCCGUGUGAGGAAUAAAACACGACGGAGUGCGACGUUUCCACACCGAAGUUGAUUAUUUUCCUCUAACACAAUAUUCUGAAGUGUUUUAUUCCCUCUCGUACCACAGCCAACAACUAUAGUAUUAUUUAUUAAAUAAUGACAUGUACGUUUAUUGUUCGCAAAACAAGUUAGUUCCCGUUAUCGCUUACGUUAUAUCAGCGCUAAACAGUCUUUCCCUCAUCAGUCUCUUUUGGUUUUCUCAAAGUUAAUCUCUCACACACACACACACACACAUAAAUUUAGCAUGUUAAGAUUCCCAUAAAUUUUAAAACACAAAGUCCUCUGUCUUGAAGACAAAAUGUGUUCACCGACGCUGGAGACUCUAUAGAAACCGUAACGUAUUACAACGAGCGCAUUAAUAUUAACGUGAUUUGCCUUGUAGCCGGAACUACUAUCAGAGCUGCUAUUAUCAAAAAAAAAAAAAAAAAGAAUCAUCGCCUUCUCACCAAUCAGAUUCAAGGAUUCAACAAUAUUGUGGUAUAAAACAUUCUAACUCUCAGCUACACGGUGAUUUAGGUAGUAUUUUAGACACGGUUUUGUUAGCUCCGUUAGUCGUAUCGCGUCAGUGCAGAACUAAAGAAGCAGAUGUUGCACACCGUGUUUUUUAUGACCGUCUACAAUUUAGAUAAUGGGGGAAAUAGUGAACAUUUUGAUAAAUCAGAGUCAUUCCUAUCCCUUAUAUUUUGUUUUACUUGAACGUGGGCACAAAAUAUCAACAAUCAGUGAGUGAAAGCGAUCAUGAUUGGAUUAAUCAUCUCCCUUUUCCCCUCGACGACGGCGUCCUCCACAGCACCGCACAUGUGAUGGACGUCUCAGUCUUGACUUUUACGGAUGUUUUACGUUUGUGAGUGUUGUGUGAAAGAGUUUGUGUAUUUGAUUUAGCUGGAAGUCUUCAGAGUUGUGUAGCAUCUGUGUGAAAAGCUUUUUUCAUUAGUUUUUUUGUAACGCAGAACACCGGUGAAAGGAUGCAGCUAAGCUUUAAGUUGCACAGGAACGCUAAUCUGUUUGGUAUGUUUGUGUAACUGGUCCAUUUACGGCUCGGUAGUAUUGACCAUAUCUGUUCUUUUCUGUCUGAAAUACCAUGAAAGCCUUUAUUGUAUCUUUUAAAUGUUUUGUUUGUGUUCGAUGAAUGUAAUACCUUUAUCCAUUUUCAUAGUUUAAAAAUGUGAGCACUACCAAGAAGAAAAAAAAAAUCAAAUAAAGCCUUACUGCACUGUU